ACACCUGUUUAUGAACGUGUUAGCUUAGAUCUUGUAUUUAGUGUAGUUAAAUCACUUAUUACGUUUAAAUUAUUGUUUGUUUGAAUUGAAUUUAAUGUUUAAUUAUUGCUCUCUUGUGCUUUGUCGUCUACUCUCUUAUUUGCUAACUGAACCUGAGGUCUCACUUUUAAAACAGAUUUUAAUCUUAAUGUGACUUCUUAGUUUCGUUUUUAAACAAAAGUAUUAACAAUAAGUCUUUAAAGUUGUAAAUGUGGACAUUUUGACUUUCAGUUUUAGGGCUGAACAAUUAAAAGAUACAACUAAUACAUUUCAGCAUUAACUGUGUCAUUUUUGGUUGUUCUAAUGUGUUAGAUUAGAAGCUAGACUAGUUCAUGUUUUCAUUUGUGACUCAUUUCAAAUUCCUCCCAGUGGGGGAGACCAGGGACAGUUAUAACGGGGACUGUGCGCAUGCGCACCCACUGGCUCUGCUAAAGAUAGAGCCACACUGAAACUUCCUCGUGGUGUUUUCUACAAAAGCUUGUUUUUUAGAUAAUAUUUUGACGAUGGCGUCGGACGAGGAUUUCUCUCUGCCGGAGGUGAAAACUCUGUCGUGUGAAGAGACUUUAGAUGGAAUCCAGACUUUAAUCGCCAACAACAAGGCGAAGUACAAGCAGCUGAUUGAGGAGCAGAAGGAGCUGACUGACCUCAGGAAGGAUCAUCAGGAGAUGACGCAGAAGCUUCAGCACCGAUCCGACAAACUGGCCAAGACUCUGGAGAAUGAGCAGCGUCUCUACGUGGACGAGCUCACCAAGGAAGUGGUGAGGGUGAAUUCACUGAAGCAGGAGGAGGAGCAGAUCAUUGAGGAGAUCCAGAGAGUGGAAGCGGCCUUGCUGGAGGAGACGGCCAAAAAUCACCACCUGAGAGAGCAGGCCGAUGUGUUCAGCAGCCUGCCAGAGAAGACAGUCGCCUUCACCGGGGAGACGACAAGUGCGACCAACGCACCGACGUUUGAAACGAAAUCGCGUAUCGUUUACCCGAUGGACGGGGGGACGGCGCUGAUCACGUUCGAGGAGGAAGUCGUGGCCAAGAAGAUCCUGACCAUGAAGCAGCAUCAGGUGAAUCUGACGGAAGAGACUUUCAUCACAUUGGAGGCCGAGGCCGUCACACUGAUUCUGCCCAAACUGGUGGAGAUCGAGUCUGAAGUUUGUUCCAGACGCAUCUUAAUCUCCAACCUUCCCAAAAUGGACAGGGAGACAAUGCUGGACAAGCUGAACAUCCACUUCCACAGGCGUAGAGACGGCGGCGGGGAGGUGGAGUCCUGUGAGUUCCUGGCCGACUCUGGGACGGUCGUCCUCACAUUCACGGAUAAAGACAUUGCCAAAGGUUUGACCGACACCGAGUUCCACAGUGUGCAGCUGCAGAAGAAGAAGAAGCACAAAGUGAGAGUGACGCCUUUCCUCAACGGAACAGUUACAAAGUUAGAGACCAGGAUGAAGGUGUGUCCUCGUACAGUGCUGCUGACCGGGAUCCCCGCGAUCAUGGAGCAGGAUACUCUGCAGGACCUGCUGGAGAUCCACUUCCAGAAGAGCUUGAGCGGCGGAGGAGAGAUCGAGGCCUGCCUCUACAACCCGACGGGUCAGCAAAUCUCGGCGCUGUUCGAGAGCGUUGUGUCCAAAGUGGAGAAGAAGCAGUAGAGCGGACUCCUGCUGCUGCUGCUGCUGCUGCUGCUGCUGCUGCUGCUCGUCCAGACCGGAAGCAUCCGAGCGUCUGGUUUUUCCUCCUGAAAUGAAGUCACGUUCAUCAUAGACCUUAUUUUCAGACGAGACAAGAAAGUUGACACUUGCCUUUUCACCUAAGUGCCAUCCUUCCUGUCAGUGGUUAUGGACUGUGGAAUUUCUAAUGUCAUUAGGUCCUUGAAAUCCUUGAAAAAUGUCUGUCCUGGUUUAUGUCACCAUGUUCCACCAAUAAUAACACAACACAAAUCAACAACUGUCCUAUGUCUACCAGGGUUCUCAUUGGUCCUUGAAAAAAUGUCUCCCCUGGUUUACUUGUGUUGUCCUAAAGUCCAAGAAAAUUUCCAAGAAUUGAUCCCAUGGUGACCAAUAAUGAUACAAAACAAAUAUUUCCCACUCUCAUUUAUUCAUUCGUUCAUUCAUUCAGUCAUCCACACUGAGCGAAAAUCAUAAAAAGAUUUGUGAAGGAAACAAACAUCGCACAAAAGUGAAAAACAGGAAGUCGGGCGCUGAGUUUUUUUUCUACGUUCAAAAAUAAGGUCUUUUCCUCUGCUGCUCAUGAUUUCAUGAUGAUUUAUCAUGAAAUCAUCUGGUGAAGAGGGCGUUUCUUGUGUUUCCUGUUCAAAUCAGUGGUGAUAACAGAUUUACUUUACUUUGCCGUUACAGUUAUCGUGCACAUUUUCUCUCUCUCUAUUUCAACAAAUAUUUUCUCAUAACUUUAUAGGAUUAAAAAUGUAACAGUUAAUCUUCUCAGUAAAAUAAAUAAAGGAAUUACAAAUUCAA